GAAAAUCUCUAAAUCAAGGGAACUUGCAUUGGUGUAUAAUUACAGUGACCUAGAAAGCACGGCAGAGUCAAAAACGACUAGUAAUACGCCGUGCCGAUGCCAGUCUUACCCGCAAAGAGCAACUGUUACACAGGUCGGGAUAUCUGGCCCAACUUCCCUCAAUACCUUCCAUUCCGGUCUCCUUUUUUAUCAACCAGUGGACGCCGCAUUACACCCACCUGGCCAAUUAAACCCAUCUCCGAGGUAAAACGCACGAAGAAUGUCUAUACAUAACGU